AUAUUUCUACAUAAAAUGUGACUCUCUCUCUCUCUUACAGAAACACAAGUGACCCUUGCUUUGGUGGGCUUUUCUAAGCUCUCACAUUUAACAGAAGAAAAUCUAGUGCAAUUCAGUUCCACAUCAAAGCAGUGGCUCAUGCACCCAAGCUACAAAGAUGAAACAAAUAAAAUUCUCUGAAACGGAAAAGCAUACACUUGUAGAUAAAGUCAUAGCCUAUUCAAAAAAAACAUUUCCUAAAAAUGCAGUAAAAUUGUUUGAUAAAAAAAAUAGAGAUACUAACUGGCAAAAUAUAGCAAAAGCAGUCAGUAAGGUUGAUCACACAAGGCGAACAGCACAAGACUGCCAAAUAGCGUGGAAUAAUUACAAAAGACAAAUUCAACGUAUUAUUGCUAAGAUACAGAAGACAUUUAAAGACACUGGAAAUUUGAUGCCUCUGGAAAAUAGUUUGCAACAAAAACAGAUGGAUGUUGUUCAAUAUUUCAAAAUGGAUGCUGCUUUGAGUACUCUGGUGAAAACCAAACAGCUUUCCAGACAUUCUUCAGAGCAAAGAGCACGUAAUCAGGAAAGAGCAGUGGCCCAUCCACUGCCCUUACCACCAUCAGCAUAUCCAUCUGCCCAAAACCCCCCACCACUACCACAAGGGGCAGCGUUUUCAACACCACAUCCACGUCAACCAAUGAAUAUGGCAGGACCGUCUCUAUCACCAAUGUCUUCUUAUGUGACAACAUCAAGAUUAUCACCAAGGGCCUCACAAAGGCUGGCAGGACUUGCUAUUGCACCUCCUCGGAGACAUUCUGCAGUUCAAACAACUCCACUGAUAAUGUCUUCCCCAUCUACAUCCAUAACGCCCUCCUGUGUAAUUUCGCCAAAAUCUCUAGAGGAAAAAGUAGAGGAGUUGCAAAGGGAGGUCCGUGAUUUAAAAGACAUUAUUAUUUCAAAUUUCGUUCAGCUUAAAAAAAUGUUAAAACAAUAAAUCAUUCUGCUGUACAUCUUUAAAUAUUUAAUCCACCUCUAAACUGCUGUAAUAAUAUGUAUAUAAUAUGUAACUGCUUCACCCAGAAUUACACAAUAAAAUUCCUCUGCUGCAGUUUACAGGGGCAACAAACAUCCUGUGCACUCUGU